GCCGGGGCAGGGCCGGGGGCGCCCGCGGGGGCCUGCGUCCGCGCCUCGCCUCGCCGAGCGCCAUGGCUGCCGCGGGCCGGCUGUCGGUCCACGUCCCCGAGUCUCCGGCCGCCGCUCCCAGGACGCUGGUGGGACCCCGCCGGGCGCCGGCGGGAAGGCUGAGUUCCGCCGCCGCUUCAGAGCCGGCCGCGCCCGGGGCCGGGCCCGCCGCACGCCGCGAGCUGCCGCCUCGCCUCCGGCAAGCAGAGACCACCAAAAGAAAACACCAAACAUCCAGUGAGGCUCCCCCAACGAAACGGAGGAAUGAGGCAUCAUUUCUCCCAGCCAGGAAAGCUGCUGCUAAAGAAACACAAAGGACUUUUAAGGGGAAGGCACAGAAAACGUUUUCUCCGAAGAAAUCUUUGGUUGGUGUGACUGAUGGAAACCGAGAACAGAAACUGUGCAUUAGGACUUCAUCAUUAUUUAAAAACAAUCCUGAAAUUCCAGAGCUCCACAGACCUGUAGUAAAGCAGGUACAAGAAAAGGUGUUUACUUCAGAUGUUUUUCAUGAACUGGACCUCCACCCACAUUUAAUUUCUACAGUAAAUACGGUUUUAAAUAUGACUAGUAUGACCAGUGUUCAGAAGCAAAGUAUUCCUGCAUUGCUGGAAGGCAGAGAUGCUCUGGUGAGAUCGCAGACAGGCUCAGGUAAAACCCUCGCCUACUGCAUCCCUAUGGUCCAGUCUCUCCAAGCAAUGAAACCGAAAAUACAGCGCAGUGACGGCCCCUAUGCCCUGGUACUAGUGCCAACGAGAGAGCUGGCUUUGCAAAGCUUUGACACUGUCCAGAAACUGCUUAAGCCCUUUACCUGGAUUGUGCCCGGAGUGUUGAUGGGAGGAGAGAAGAGGAAGUCAGAAAAGGCCAGACUCCGCAAAGGAAUAAAUAUCCUUAUCUCGACUCCUGGGCGACUAGUGGAUCAUAUAAAAUCCACGAAGAACAUUCAUUUUUGUCGAAUACGGUGGCUGAUUUUGGAUGAAGCAGACAGAAUCUUGGAUUUGGGUUUUGAAAAGGAUAUCACUGUGAUACUCAAUGCUCUCAAUGCCGAGUGCCAGAAACGACAGAAUGUCUUGCUGUCAGCAACACUCACAGAAGGUGUGACAUGGCUCGCUGGUAUCAGCUUGCUCAAUCCAGUCAGGAUUUCUGUCCUGGACGAACACCAUGGGCAGUCUGACCUAAAGGGCAGAGCGGUUCCUGAGGCCUCCCCUCUUCCAGCUUGUGGUGAGCUGGACAGCUUUGCAAUUCCUGAGAGUCUCGAUCAGCAUGUGACAUUGGUUCCCAGCAAACUGAGACUUGUCACCCUGGCAGCCUUCAUCCUACAGAAGUGCAAGUUUGAAAAAGACCAGAAGAUGCUCGUUUUUUUCUCAAGUUGUGAGCUGGUGGAGUUCCACUACCACCUCUUCCUCCAGACCCUGCCGAGCUGCUCAGGGACCCUGGCGUCAGGACGGCCACCAUCUGCCUCCACACAAUUAAAAUUCCUGCGACUGCACGGCAACAUGGCACAGGAGGAAAGAACAGCAGUGUUUCAAGAAUUCUCACAUUGUGAAACAGGCAUCCUUCUGUGCACGGAUGUUGCAGCUCGGGGCUUAGACCUCCCUCAAGUCACAUGGAUUGUUCAGUACAACGCGCCGUCUUCACCUGCUGAAUACAUCCACCGGAUCGGGAGAACCGCCCGGAUUGGCUGCCAUGGGAGCAGCCUGCUCAUUUUGGCUCCUUCGGAGGCAGAAUAUGUCAACUCGUUGGCUUCUCACAAAAUCAACAUUUCUGAGAUUAAGAUGGAAGAUAUUUUGUCUGUUCUGACAAGGGAUGAUUGUUUUAAAAGGAGCCGAUGGGGAAGCCAGAAAUCCCGAGCCUCUGGCCCCCAGGAAAUCCGAGAGCGAGCCACAGUCUUGCAGACGGUAUUUGAAGAUUAUGUGCACUCCAAUGAGAGGAGGGUCUCCUGGGCGAAGAAAGCUCUACAGGCCUUCAUCCGAGCCUAUGCAACCUACCCCCGGGAGCUGAAGCACAUCUUUCAUGUCCGAUCGCUCCACCUUGGUCACGUGGCUAAAAGCUUCGGGCUGAGAGAUGCCCCCCAAAAGCUUAGUGUCACAGCUGUGAAGAAAAGGAAAGCAAACCUGAACAGGCCUGACCUUCGUAAGAAGAGCCACAGUACACACCACCGCCUUGCUGAAAUCUUGCGUUCCGAAUACUCAAGUGGGAUGGAGGCUGGCAUCGCCAAGGUCGAAAAGCAAAACAAACAUGCAGAGCCCGGCAGCCAGCCACGCAUCGCCGUCUGUAGCCGGUGCCCAGCCUUUGCCGUGGGAAAAACUAAGAAACACUUUCCAUGAAGCAGAAAAACCCAAAAAGACUUAUCAGGGUUCAACAAGACUUCCCAAAAAAGUU